AUAACAUGAACCGGUAGUUUCUCAGUACCAGUCAGUGUUAUACAUGUUUUGUGCUGCCCAAAAAUGAUUCGCGAAGCUAUUUUUCUCUUAUUUGUUGUGUCACACGCGAUCAGUGAGGAAUGUGUUAUAAACUCAUUUGAAGAGGAAUUAGACAAUGAGUUCACAGCCCAAUUUUGCGAUGUCUCCCUAAAUUCUUGGACACAAGGGAUUUACAGUGAUUUAUCUAUACCAGGGCCGGACCCAAUGAGCACGUCUUUCAUUUCACCAGCAGUUCCUUCACCUCCGUGGAGUUGCUUGGCAACAUCCCCGAUACAAAUGACUCGAUAUGGAAAAAUAGAAGCUAAGAUUUAUAUGUAUAGUGGAUCAGGAUUACAAUCUGAUGACAUAGUAUUUCUUAAUGUUUAUAAUUAUGAUGAUGAAAGGGGCAUCGUGGGUUCAGAUGGGGUCAGUGGUGCUAUCGGAACUAUUGAAACGGGUUGGCAUGAUCUGACUGUAGAAUUGAAUGGUCCAAACGUACCUGAAUCCUUUAGGGGCUCUUUAUCCUUUAUGGGAUCAGCAGCCCAAGGUUCUAUAGUUCUGGUUGACUCUUUCCGCUACAUACCGCCCGGUUAUGACGAAGAUUUAUGUGAAAUAUAUCCAACUACAACUACUACAAAAACGACAACAACGAAAACAACAACGACGAUAACAACCACAACGACACCUGUUCCUGACACAACGACGGAAGAAUCUAUCCCUGUACCUGAAGAAGACUCGACCAGCCCGUGUCCACCUACCUCAGAGCCUGUAACACCACCUCUACCAACACCAACAACUAGCUUCUGGAACCCACUUACCAUCACAAUGGUCGUUCUCCUAUGGAUCAUAUUCUUAGCAUUGAUAUGCAAACUCUUCUAUGAGCUAGGGAAGAAAAGACGUAAAGCUGCAAAUGCGUUACAAAACGGUGAUAUCGAAAGCAUUCCCCCUUCUUUAAGGGUACCAAGAGUAAAGCGCGUGUAUCCUGAUGUUAACGUAAAUCCGUACGCAAACGGAAAAGUUUAGGUAUUUGGAAAAAGGCGAGGAUACUAUUCAAUGAUUUGACCCACGGAACUAACAACGGCUAACGACAUGCCAUAACACAUUUCACCACGUAACCAAUGAAUCUAGACUCAUCAUUUUUCAUGCAUGGAGUACACAUAAACAUAGAGCAUUACUUCACAUGGCCUGUGCAGUCCAUGAGCAACAGCAUG